AUGGACCCUUCCCUGGAGCCCAGCGCUCGGUGUUGCGAUCAGCAGCAGCAGGAUCCCGCAGUAGCAGCAGCACCGCGAGGGGCAAGCGAGGACACAGGUGGUGUCCUCCUGUACUACAAGUACAUCCCCCUCGGCGAAGAGGGGAGGACCGCCGUGAAGGACUGGUACGUUGAGCACUGCGGGGUCGAGCGGCUUCGAGGCAGGGUGCGCGUAGCCCUAGACGGCGUGAACUGCACCCUGGGAGGAAGCCUAGCGGCUCUGCGCAGGCACAUCGGCAGCGUCGAGGCACACGCGGCCCUGCAAGGGCACGAUAUCGACUUCAAGCUCGCCUCCUCACGAGGGGCGAGAAACUCCCAGGCAGCCCAGGAGUCCGGCUUCACGACGCUAUCCGUGAAGGAGGUGAAGGAGGUGGUCACUCUCGGUACUCGGGUGAGUUUCUUCGAUAUUAGCCUUCCAGGGCGUUUGCACAACCGGAGCGUUUUUCUCGCCAAGGUUCCACCUCACGUGAAGCGUCGAGCAGUCGAGCGCUUGCUUGCGGCAACUAUUACCCACAAAGCUAGCCACGAGUUCAGUUUCCGUCGGCAUACCUGCUUUUUUUCGUUGCCUGCUGCAACUGUUUCCCGCAGCGAUCAUGUAUUCCGUUGCCACCUUCAUACCGCUGUUCACAAAAAGGUUUCACAUAUGAUAUACACACGUACCCUGCGCUUCCAGGGAGCGGGCCUGUCCCACCUCGAGGGCGGAAGACACGUGUCUCCGCAGGAGUUCCACCGCUUGCUGCAGGAGGGCGCCGCUCGGAAUCGACAAGCCCACAAAGUCGCUUGCGGCGAGCGAGGAGGAAGAGUGUCUUCCGGGAGGGAAUCUGUCGCCGCUACCGCCGCCGCCGCUACCGCCGCCGCUGCCGCCAGCGGCGGCGGCGGUGUUGUUGGUUUGUCGUCGCUAGAUGCACCUACGCCGGCGGAUGAUCGGGGCGGCGAUCUGGCGGAGGCAACGCCAACACGGCGAAGCGGUCACGGGACUGUUGUGGCGAGGGCGACGAAAGAAGGAGCUUCGACGGUCUCGGACGGUUGCGCAGGGGCGCCGGCGCCGGUGGCAGCGCUGGCGGUAGUAGGAAAAAAAUUACGGGGAGGUGAAGCGGACAAGAGGGACAAAGACUUGCCGGGGUGCAGCGACGGUGCUGGGGCUAACGCUGAGGAUGCGACGGUGGCAGAGGAAAAGGAGGCAGUGCUGCUUGACGUGCGAAACGUGUACGAGACCAGCAUCGGGCGUUUCAGGUAG